AGAGUGCUGCUUGUGUAGGUAGACAAUAUAAGGCUUUUCUAAACAGAGACUGGAGGGAAACGUUCAAAAGUAGGGAAAGAUGUGUUUACAGAGCCUAAUGGCUGGGGUGUUUACGUUGCUGCCAGACAAAUACUGACAGAAACCUUUAAAAAGUCUCACGUUUUAAAAGAGCAGCCAUGAUAAAUGAUAAAACAUAUUGCACGCUUUCUCUCGCGCGCGCUCUGUCACUAUAUGGCAAUAACUGAGAGUAAAGGAACGCCAUAUGAAAUACUAAUUAACUUUUUUCUGUCAAGGGCAUAUUUAAAGUAACAUCAUAACAAAAAAAACUGUAAUUCACUCAUUCUUAUUUUGUACUGAAAGAAUGAAUUACGUUUUUCUAUGGAAUACAACCGGAAAUGUGGAGCAGAAUAACAACCACAGAUCCACUCUUGUUCUACUGGAGAGAAAAAAAAGCAAUGAAAGCGAACGGAGAGACUGUGAGUUAGACUCAUCCUCCAUUUCGACGACGAAAAAAGCUUACUUUAAGGACAAUAUGGAUGGGACAACCCGAGAAAGGCUAAGUCAGAUUCGGGCUAUCCCAUUACCAGAGCGAGUGGUGAAGUACUGGGCGAGAGUGGAGACCUUCCAGGCGUCAAAUGAGGAUCUACUCAUUGCCACGUAUCCUAAAGCAGGAACUACGUGGAUACAAGAAGUAGUGGAUAGCAUCCUGAAUGAAGGAGAUGUUGAAAAGUGCAAGCGUGCGCCCACUCAGAUGCGCAUGCCAUUCUUAGAGAUGACUGCUUCUGACGGUUCAAGUUCUGGUAUAACUAAGCUGGAGGUUAUGGACCCCCCUCGUGUUAUUAAAACCCAUCUUCCCAUCCAACUUGUGCCUCGUUCUUUCUGGGAUGCUGGUUGCAAGGUUAUAUAUGUGGCCCGUAAUCCGAAGGACACUGUGGUUUCAUAUUACCACUUUGACCGCAUGAAUCUUUACCAGCCAGAGCCUGGCCCUUGGUCACAAUAUCUGGAGAAGUUCAUGAAAGGGCAAUUGGGUUGGGGAUCCUGGUAUGACCAUGUUAAAGGAUACUGGAGGGAAAGACAUAACAAGAAAAUCCUUUACAUAUUAUAUGAAGACAUGAAAGAGGACCCUGUUCGUGAAGUAACCCACAUUGCUCAAUUCCUCAAACGUCAGUUAUCAAAAAGUACAAUAGAGCAUAUUGUGCAAAUGACAGCGUUUUCAGCUAUGCGAGAAAACCCCAUGGCAAACUACUCAACUAUACCCGAUACAAUCUUUGAUCGCACAGCUUCAGAGUUCAUGAGAAAAGGUGAGGUUGGUGACUGGAAGAAUCAUUUCAGUGCAGAAGAGGAUGCUGCAUUUGAGGAACACUAUCACAAAAUAAUGUCCGAUUGUCCUAUUGCGAUACGGUUCACAAUAUAAAAGAUUAAAAUGGAGUGUGUUUGUUUUCUAGUCCAAAAAAAACUAUUAAAAUUUCCUAAAUAAAUUAUCAUUAUUAACUAUUUAAUCACAUAUAUGUUUCUAUGUUACCUCAUAAAGUACAUUGGACAUUGCUGGGCAACAAAAUGUAAUAUUAAUGAUCUACUCUGGAUGGGUGGGAAUUGUUGAUUGUUCAAAGCUCUUGAAUGCAGUGUAAAGUUCAAGUCCCCUCGUAAAAUCUCUGGAAAGUACACAUGAUAUCAGUUAACGGAAGUGAAAAUAAUCCCAAGCAGAGGGCAGAAAUAUAAUGUUGUAGUUUUUUUAAUUUUGAAUCAGGAACAGGCCUCAGAAAUAAUUACGGAAAUACAUUAAUAUAUUAAAACUUUGUGGAUGUAGAGAAACAAAUCAUACAGUAGUAAAAACUGAUCAAGGCCUAAGUGACCUUUGAGACUAUGCUACCAAAUCUCCAACACUCAUAUCUGCACUUGAUAAAGGCUAUACUUGAGCGAGGUUCACAAACAACGCAACAGAAAAUAACAAAAUAAGGUCAGUAAUAUUAAUGAUUUUGAUUCGUUAAGAUUUAGUUUUGUGUGUGUGUGUGUGUGGCCAGUUUGACUAGUAUCUAUGUAAACAAAACAUUGGUGCAUUAAACAGUUUCUCACUUA